UGGUAUUGUUCGUCUUUAGACGUGAGAUUUUCCUGUCUUUGGUUUAUUUGGUGUGAAAUUAUCGAUAUCUUUACUAGUUAUCAUUCAUAAUGUCGCAAAGCCAGCCUACAACUCGUCAGCGCAAUGACGAAGCUGAACUCGACCUUCUAGACUUCAUCUACGCCCAGCCAAACCGGGAUGAGAUCCAGGGAAACCCCCAGAAGGUACUGGAUCUGAUUGACGAAUUCGCUAAAUCGCGUCACCUCAUCCAUGUGGGUCCCGAGAAAGGGAAGGUCGUAGCAGACCUCAUUGCCGAGCGCAAGCCCCAGACUAUGAUCGAACUCGGAGGUUACGUGGGCUACUCGGCCAUCCUGUUCGGCGAUGCCGUGCGUCGGGCCGGUGGUAAAAAGUACUACAGUUUAGAGUUGAGCCCUGAAUUCGCCGCUAUCUCAACCCUGCUGCUGGAUCUGGCAGGCCUCCGGGAUUUUGUCCAGAUCUUGGUGGGUCGCAGCGACCAGUCUCUGAAUAAGUUGUAUACCAGUGGUGAAGUUCCACAGGUGGAAAUUAUGUUCAUUGAUCACUACAAGCCUGCGUAUACUACGGAUCUGAAACUAUGCGAGCAGAUUGGCAUGAUCGUUCCCGAUGUUUCGGUUCUGGUGGCUGAUAAUGUGCUCUAUCCGGGCAAUCCACCGUACCUGGAGUAUGUCCGGAGCACGGUGGAACAGAAGCGAAAGGCGGCCGAGAAGGGGCCAAUCCAGAUGUAUAACACGGAGGGUAUACCUGUUGUGAGUGUGCGGGCCUUUCUUGGCGCGGAUGCCACGCCUCUAUUUGACAUCCUCGGGGACCCGAAUUUGGUGUAUGAGAGCACCCUGAAUCAACCGGAGGGACUUAGGGUGAGCGAUGCCUGCCUAUUAUAUAUUAAGAAUGACGAUUGCUAACUGUUGUAGGAUGCCCUGGAGAUUACUCGGUGUGUAGGAGUUGAGAAGGCGUGAUCGGGAAAAGCAUUUCCGGCGGAAGAGCAUUUCAAUCGGUCGGCUCGGAAGCGUGACAGACGGUCGGCCUUUGCCAGAUUUGGUAGAAUUUUGCCCCGCCCUAUCCGCCGGACCCAAAGGUUCCUAUCGC